GAGGUCCGCCCACUUGUUAUUUAAGAGGCUGCAACGGCCAGAUGGGGCAGACAUCGCAGAAUCUGGUCCUCCGCCAUGUCUGGUCGCGGCAAAGGCGGCAAGGGGCUCGGCAAGGGCGGCGCCAAGCGCCACCGCAAGGUGCUGCGCGACAACAUCCAGGGCAUCACCAAGCCCGCCAUCCGGCGCCUGGCCCGACGCGGCGGCGUCAAGCGCAUCUCCGGGCUCAUCUACGAGGAGACCCGCGGGGUGCUCAAGGUGUUCCUGGAGAACGUGAUCCGGGACGCCGUCACCUACACGGAGCACGCCAAGCGCAAGACGGUCACGGCCAUGGACGUGGUGUACGCGCUCAAGCGCCAGGGCCGCACCCUCUACGGCUUCGGGGGCUGAGUCUCCCUCCACCCGUGAGCUCGCCUAAUGCAGCAAAACCAAAGGCCCUUUUCAGGGCCACCGAACUCCUCAAAGAAAAAGCUGUGAUAACCAUUUCCUAAGACACUUCUCUGCUGUUCAACGGUAUUUAAAUGUAGUGGAAGACGUUGUAUUCCUAACUCGGAAGAAAAAGUAAAUUCA